AAAAAGCCGAAAACUUUUAUUACGUAUGGAGAAAAGGAAGAUCUAACAUUUUGUUUUUUCUUGAGCUUUUUAGCUUGAGAAAUUACUUAAUUUAGCUAAAAAUGUCUCAGGCUAACUGGGAAGCUGAUAAAAUGUUAGAUGUUUAUAUACAUGAUUAUUUGGUAAAAAGGGAUUUAAAAGCCUCUGCUCAGGCAUUUCAAGCUGAAGGAAAAGUCUCAACAGACCCUGUUGCUAUCGAUGCCCCUGGUGGCUUUCUCUUUGAAUGGUGGUCGGUUUUUUGGGACAUUUUUAUAGCAAGGACCAAUGAGAAGCACUCGGAAGUUGCAGCUUCUUAUAUUGAGACGCAGUUGAUUAAAGCUAGAGAACAGCAACAACAACCGCAACAGUCGCCUCAUCCACAACAACAGCAGCAGCAACAACAUCAACAGAUGCAAAUGCAACAGAUGAUGUUGCAACGCCAGGCUCAACAAGCACAGCAACAGCAGCAACAGCAACAGCAGCAGCAACAACAGCAGCAGCAACAGCAACAAUCAGCACAACAACAGCAACAGAGGAGAGAUGGCGCACACCUACUCAACGGAACUUCAAAUGGGCUUGUCGGAAACGAACCCCUUAUGAGGCAGAAUCCCGGAACUGCUAAUGCCAUGGCUACUAAGAUGUACGAGGAUAACUUGAAAGUGCCACUUUCAAGGGAUUCUAUAGAUGAUGCAGCUAUGAAGCAACGAUAUGGCGAGAAUGUUGGACAACUUUUGGACCAGAAACAUGCAUCGGUUUUGAAAUCAGCUGCAGUAGGGCAGCCUUCAGGCCUUGUGUUGCAUGGUACUUCUGGCAGCAUGUCUCCUCAAGUCCAAGGUCGGAACCAACAACUUCCAGGAACUACUCCGGAGAUAAAGACAGAUAUGAACCCAAUAUUGAACCCCCGUGCUGCAGGUCCUGAGGGGUCGUUACUUGGAAUUCCUGGAUCAAAUCAAGGGGGUAACAAUUUGACAUUGAAAGGAUGGCCUCUCACGGGUUUAGAGCAACUACGGCCUGGUUUACUACAGCAACAAAAGUCAUAUAUGCAGGGUUCCCAGCCUCUUCAUCAGCUACAGAUGCUCACACCACAGCAUCAGCAGCAGCUUUUGUUAGCACAACAAAAUAUGACAUCACAAUCAGCUAACGAAGAAAGCAGAAGGCUGAGAAUGCUUCUUAAUAAUAGGAGUAUGAGCAUGGGUAAAGAUGGUCUCUCUAAUUCCACGGGUGAUGUGGUUCCGAAUCUUGGAUCAUCUAUGCCUGUUCUACCACGUGGGGAUCCAGAUAUGUUACUUAAACUAAAGAUGGCUCAGUUACAGCAGCAGCAGCAACAGCAACAGCUGCAGCAACAAAACGGUAGCCAGCAGCAGCAGCAGCAUCUUCAGCAUUCUCUUUCUGCUCCAAUAAUUCAGAAUUCUAAUCUAAAUCUUCAACAAGAUAAGAUAUUGGGGACAAGCAGUGUAACUGGUGAUGGCAGCAUGUCAAACUCCUUUAGAGGAAAUGAUCAGGCUGGAAGAAAGAGGAAGCAGCCCGUGUCAUCUUCGGGACCUGCAAACAGUUCUGGAACUGCAAACACCGCAGGACCAUCACCAAGUUCAGCACCUUCAACGCCAUCAACUCACACACCUGGAGAUGUAAUAUCAAUGCCUGCAUUGCCACAUAAUGGGACCUCGUCAAAGCCUUUGAUGAUGUUUGGCACGGAUGGUCCCCCCACUCUUACCUCCCCAUCAAAUCAAUUGUGGGAUGAUAAGGACUUUGUGCAGGCUGACAUGGAUCGUUUUGUGGAGGACGGAUCUCUUGAUGAUAAUGUCGAGUCUUUUUUAUCUCAUGAUGAGACUGAUCCAAGGGAUGCUGUUGGCCGUUGUAUGGAUGUAAGCAAAGAGUUCACAUUUACAGAGGUGAAUUCUGUUCGUGCCAGUGCGAGCAAGGUAGUCUGCUGCCAUUUUUCUUCAGAUGGUAAACUUCUCGCGAGUGGUGGCCAUGAUAAAAAGGCUGUAUUGUGGUAUACAGAUUCACUAAAACCAAAGAGCACUCUUGAAGAACAUACAUCAAUGAUUACAGAUGUACGCUUCAGCCCAAGCAUGCCACGACUUGCAACAUCAUCUUUUGAUAAAACAGUCCGUGUUUGGGAUGCUGAUAAUCCUGGGUUUUCAUUACGUAACUUUAUGGGGCAUUCUGCAUCUGUGAUGUCAUUGGACUUUCACCCUAAUAAAGAUGACCUGAUAUGCUCAUGCGAUGGGGAUGGGGAAAUCAGGUACUGGAGCAUAAAUAAUGGUAGCUGUGCACGUGUAUUUAAGGGUGGGACGGCUCAAGUGAGAUUCCAGCCACGCCACGGAAGAUAUCUUGCAGCUGCAGCAGAGAACAUCGUGUCAAUACUGGAUGUGGAGACACAAGUUUGUCGACAUUCUUUACAGGGACAUACUAAACCAAUUCAUUCUGUUUGUUGGGACCCAAAAGGCGAGUAUCUAGCAUCUGUUAGUGAGGAUUCCGUUAGGGUGUGGUCCUUUAUGUCCGGAAAUGAAGGAGAGUGUAUACAUGACCUCAGCUGUAAUGGAAACAAGUUCCAUUCUUGUGUCUUCCAUCCUAGUUAUGCUUCGUUGUUGGUCAUUGGCUGUUACCAGUCUUUGGAGCUAUGGAACAUGUCAGAGAACAAGACAAUGACAUUGUCAGCACAUGAAGGGCUAAUUGCUGGUUUGGCAUUGUCGACGGUUACAGGUUUGGUAGCUUCAGCUAGCCAUGAUAAAAUUGUUAAACUUUGGAAGUGAAAGUCUCACAAAGUUUGCAAAUUCCAUGUAUCAUUACGUUUGUCACAUGAUGUAGUUUGUGUUAUGUAUUGUAUUCCUUGUGUUUUAGGGAUGCCAACUUUUAAUCUAAUCAGUAUGUGUUGUAGCGAUCAUCUGUAAUGGAGUUUCGACUCCAAUUUAGUUACAAAAGGGCCAACUUAAGUUACGUAUUACCUUUAAGGCGGAAUAUGAGUUGAACACAAAUAAUAGAGAGAAAAGGAAGCAAGGGUUAACCUUGUUGAGGAAACAAGUUGUCUUCAUGGAGCCUAUAUGGCUAUGUAAUAAGGUUUGGAAGGCCAUCCUAAACACAAGCAAUUUGGUAAA